CUUAUCUUUUCUCAGUCGAUAAGUAGCCGGCUGGAGAAAAAUAUCUGGGCUCCAAAAGUCCAUCAGUAAUUAAAUUAAUUAAAUUAGAUAACUAGAAAAAUGCAGUCGUGUAAGCUUCUCCUCCUUUUUUCUCUUGCGAAUUUUAUGGUCAUUGGAAAUGGUCAGCAAUAUUCUACAGAAAUCAAGGCCCUCUUGCAAGCUAUUCAGACCAAAGUUCAAGCUUUGGAAACAAAGCUUACAGCAUUGGACACAAAACAGACGGCGAGUUCGCAAAGAGUAGAAAUCAAACUUAACGAGUUGUCUCAGGUUUUCAACCAAAGCCAGACACAAUGCAGUAGACCAACAACACCAGCCGUAUACCCUUUAAGCAGCAGUAUCCUUAGUGGAGCAGCUGGAGGCAAAUUGAGACUUAAGGUUUCUGGCAGAAACUUUCAAGACCUUGACAAUGGCUUUGGCACGACAGAUCCUUACUUCGAGCUUUUCUUAAGUACGGAUGGUGGAGCAACGGAAGCCAAACUUUUAAAGAGUGACACCGUCUCAGAUAAAGAGAAUCCUGAUUGGGGACAAGUUAUUGAGGUGGAUUUCAACCGACGUGAAAAUCAGUGGUUGCGGUUCAAUGUUUGGGACGAGGAUCAUUUGAGAGAUGAUGACCGCGUGGGAAGUGUUUGGAUAAAUCUCGCGGAUUACGUGGAUAAGGGUCAGGUGGCCUUUGGGCUUCUGGAUAAAAUUGAUUCUGGUUACCUUAUCAUUCACGCAUCAGAUCAGCCAAUUCCUAAUAUCCCUGUUGUACCUGGGAAGGUACCUGGAGCCCCAGCGCCACCAACGCCGCCACGACCACAAUCCCUGAGAUUCAAAUUAUCAGCUAGCGACCUUCCUACGAAAGAUGAUGUCGGAUUUAUCCCUGGAAAUAGUGAUCCAUAUGUUGUAAUCUACAAAAAGAAGGGAUUGGAUGGCGGAGAAACUGAGAUUGCCAGAAGUGGAACUGUUGCAUCAACCAGAACUCCGAUGUGGGGAGAUAUCUUCACAAUUCCAGUGGAAAAGAAUAGUGAAGACACUCGACUAGUCUUCAGAAUUUACGAUGAGGACAAUUUGAGAGUAGACUCAAAGUUGGGGGUUGCCUAUAUUGAGAUUGCUGACAUUGCGGCGAAGGGGACUAUUUUCAGCCAUCCUUUAAUUAAGAAGGGGAUCCUUACAAUUACCAAGGUCUGAAUUUGAUGGAAAACGAGCCUGGAAUUUAAUCAAUUAAGAAAUACAUUUGCCUUAAAAAAUUAACAAAAUUAUAACCAAUUAACGUCUAUAUUAAUAAUCAUCAUUUCAUCAUGCAUUUUAAUUGGGUUGGACAUCAUCAUUAAUAAAGAUUAUUAAAUUUCAUUUGCCUCUCCUCUUCAUGAAAAUUGUUGGAAGAUGAAAAAAACACUAUUUCUUUUUAACCUAACCUGUACUAAAUAGUGAAUGAAAUAAAAAUAAUCUCUGUCAAUCUCGUAUUC